AUGAGUGACCACGACGCGUCUGCGAAGCCCGAGACGAUCCUCGUGGACGAAGCGGACGUGAACCGAGGCAAUGUUGUGGACAGCGAAGAGCUGCGCCUUCGUUCUCUGGAUCACGAGGCUUCAGCUCUGCAUUGUCCCGGCACAAGCGGCACUCUGGAAUGUACUGAAAUAGCGAACAAGAAGGACGACGAACAAGGCAAAGAAGACGAGGACGUGGAAGACGAUAACUUGAAGAGUCGUGUCCACGACAAAGAACGCGCUCCAGAGGUCGAUUCCCAUGUAGACGAAGACGAGGAAGACGCGUCGCUGCAGUCGUCGCAGCCUCGUAGUCUUCGAGCCGGUGGCCGAACAGCUGGGGGGGACCAUCACGCGGCGCUUCGGUCUCCGUCGCUCGGGAACUUCGCUGCUGCUGAAGAGGAGGAGAUGAUGGAGAUGAAUGCUCACGAACAAGAGCUGCUGGUGAACAUUCAAGAACUACAGCGUCAGUUGUCCAUGGUGCAGAUCCAGACGGACAAACCACAGGAAGAGAUUGUGCCGCCAAUGAUGGAUGCAAGACAUCGGUUGAUUAUGGUGUCGAAUCGACUGCCGAUUUCGUUUCAACGCAACGAAGUGACGGGCGAAUGGAGCUUUACCAUGAGCUCGGGGGGACUCGUGACGGCGUUGAAUGGGAUUCGAGACCAGGUGCCGUUUAUUUGGAUUGGGUGGCUAGGAGAAGAGAUUCCACACGACGAACAGAGCAAAGUCCGUGAGAAACUGGCGAAGGAGUUUAACUGCGUGCCGGUGUUCCUGUCGAAGGAAAUUGCUGCACGCUACUAUAACGGCUUUAGCAAUGACAUUUUGUGGCCCAUCUUCCAUUACGUUCCACUCCCGCUCUUUCGACCAGGGAGCGAAAAGAAGUUUGAUUUCCGGCAGUGGGACGCGUACAAACUGGCCAACAAGCGCUUCGCCCAGGCUGUGAAUCAAGUGUAUCGGGAAGGCGACUUUGUUUGGGUACAUGAUUAUCAUUUGAUGAUGUUGCCUUCGCUAUUGCGAUCACGACACCCACUCUGUAAGGUUGGAUGGUUUCUUCACACGCCUUUUCCCACGGAUGAAAUGUAUCGAACGCUCCCUGUGGGUGACGAAAUUCUGGAAGGCCUUCUUGGCGCAGACUUGCUCGGAUUCCAUACCUACGAUAAUGCCCGCCAUUUCAUCGCGGCCUGCGAACGUCUGCCAGGUGCGUCGACGUCUCCAAAAGGUGUGGAGCUUAGCAACCACUUUACGGCAAUUGGUGUGUUUCCUAUCGGAAUCGACCCGGAACACUUUGAGGAUACCUUAAACUCGGAUGCCACGCAAAAACGCAUUCAGGAGCUUAAAGCAAAGUUUGCUGGGUGCAAAGUGAUCAUUGGAGUUGACCGCAUGGACUACAUCAAGGGCAUACCGCACAAACUGCUGGCGAUGGAGCGGUUCCUUUCGUUGUAUCCGGAACGGUGCAAGAAUGUCGUGCUAAUCCAGAUUGGCGUGCCGUCUCGUACAGGCGUGCAAGAAUACCAGCAUCUUGCAGCAAGCGUGAACGAGAUGGUCGGUCGUAUCAAUGGGAGAUUUGGAACCCUGACGCAUUGUCCUGUGCACUACAUUCACCAGCCAGUGGCUCCCAGUGAACUGGUUGCGCUGUACAACCUGGCUGAUGCUUGCCUCGUGACAUCCAUCCGUGACGGUAUGAACCUGGUGAGCCAUGAGUACGUGAUUUGUCAGUGUCAACCGUGCGAGCCGCAUCGGGAAGGGCCGGGCGUGCUCAUCUUGAGCGAAUUCGCUGGCAGUGCCCAAUCAUUAUCAGGUGCGAUCCGUGUCAAUCCCUGGAACACGACGGAUGUGGCCAAUGCACUCGAAUAUGCUCUGGAGUUGCCGCCCAUGGAACGCGAAUAUCGUCAAACGAAUCUGCAUCGCUACGUGAAGACGCACACUGCUAGUUUCUGGGGCCGAAGCUUUUUGUCGGAUUUGGAGGACGUCGUGUCGCGCCCGAGGACCGCAGCCAAAAAUUAG